GUUUGACCUACUCUUAAAGAAGACACAAGACUGGUUUUUAUUUAACGCAAACAUAAAAGGUGACUGGUUAGGGUUAUGUGGUCCUUAAUUAUGAAUAUCAAUCGCUUUAAAGUUUUUGUGGAAAUAUUUAUUUUCAUAGGUGUUCUGUUUGGAGAAGGCACUGCGUUCCUGCUUGGUUCCACGUGCGACUGUCCGACAUCGUUCACCGGAAGCACACAAGGUCUGUCAAGCCCGUGUGUACAUGUAAAUCCCUGUGAGCCCCGUUGAUCCUGCACCCUGAGAUCGCAUCAGUAUAAUUUUAACUAUAAACUAGACCUGCGCGUGAGAAGAUUCGUAGAGAAAACUUCAAAACUUGGAUCGAAUGUGACCGUUGUGAAUCCCGGCAGAGGUUUCUACAAACACGUUGAGACGCGAACCUCAAACUUUCAUUCACUCACGUCUUGGUCAAUGGGCCCACAAAACAAUGUCGUAUACAGGCAGUACUACCUUGACACCUACUUGAACUCUGACCUUCACGGACAAGGUCAAGGCCGAUCUCAAGUUAAUUCAAGGCCAAGGUUGGACGGUGAUUCUCAGAUUCGCCUAUGACGACUGCUGUGUUCAACCGGAGAGUGGCAUUUCACGACCAGCGAAUUUGGGAUAACCGGAAGUUGUUCGAGUGCCAACCUCAGCUUCACCGACGCACAGUGGGCGCACAGGAAGGGAAUCCUCCAGGCGCUCCUUGAUGCGGCACCACCUUCAAUAGAGAUAUCGGUUCGAAUCCCGGCAUUCAAGUAUCAUGUAUACGACAAAGUGCCGACAACUCUAUCGGACGAGAAAACACGGACAGCCAAAUCACGAAUAGGUUUCUUUAUCGACGCCUUUCUCUCGGACAUGGACCAGAAUAUGGGCACGUUCAAAUGUACCGGGGACCGGACGUACAUGGCUGACGACAGCCGCUUCAACUACGUCACCGGUGAAACCAACGACGCCGACACACCAGCAGCAUGGAGUUUUGCUAACGCUGUUAAUGAACUUGCUAAAUUCCACUACUCAAGUCUGAAUACCGACUAUUUGAAGGCGAUAAUAGAUUCAUGGAAACAUCCUGGCUGCUAUGGUGUCAUAUCUGCUCAUCUUGGGUACAGGCUGUACUUGACAAAAGCUAUUCUACCUUUGUCAGUCACAGCGGGCGGAGAGUUCUGUUACCACAUCGAGAUAAACAACGAAGGCUACGCUGCGCCGAAUAAGGAAAUGGAGGCGCAUUUAUUGCUUGAAAAUACCGGAAACGGCACCCUCUACUCAGUAAUGGUACCCGGUGUGGAGGUGCGGAAUUGGUUGCCUGGAAACACACAGACUCUGCAUGGAACAGCGGGCGUCCCGGCCGCCUUGCCAAUUGGGCAAUAUAAGGUACAUUUAGUUAUCCUAAACAAAGUGCUUGGAAAAACAACAAAUAUUUUGUUCUUAUGGCAAAUGCAAAUGGCGUCCAAAACACAACAACGCGUAUGAACAGCCUCUGUCACAUUGUUGACUUCACAUCCGGUCACUGCAACAGCCAAUCAGCAACCAUGUUACGUGCGUGGCAACACACUUGAAAUGGCUCAUCAAACGUUUGACUUAAACGAUUUUGCAUCUUUUGAAGUGUGUCAUUAUAUGCUUGAAAUAAAAAAAUAUAAACAUCGAAAUUAAAGAGAUUCAGAAUAAAACAAAAAUAACAUUAAAGAAAGAAAACGAAGUAAUGCACACUUCGGCUCGAACCAAUGACCCUCGGAGUAAAACAUGCCGCCUGCUGAACGUUUUAAGUGUAACUGUUAUUUUUUUUCAGAUAUACAUAUUUUCCGAAAUACAUCAAGAGCACUUACGUUUGUUGUGCAUUCAUAAUAUAUUGAAAUUAUGGUAACUGCUCCUUUUUUAAUUAUUUA